AUGAACGCUUUCUACCCUUACAGCUACUACCAAGCCUCUUCCCUUCCAGUCGCUUGGGGAACCAGCGAAGCUACAGCGACUGGCAAUACCCUUCCUUGGGAAACAUCCGCUGUCCUAGCUUCUGCUAGCCAGGCUCCUGACCAAGUUCUCAACUCCUCCGUUGGAUCUGGCUCCCCAACUGGUUCUCCACCACCACCAGAGACAAACUCAACCGAAAACAAUGGCAUCAACCAUGCUCAAUUUGCUCAGGCUCAGCUUUACCAACAAGCCUAUCAAAACUGGAACUACGCUGCUCAGGGAUAUCAACAAGCUGCUGCUACUGGAGCUACUGCCUGGCAACAAAAUCCAUCUGCCCCAGCUCCAAACCGAACCCGAACUCGAGACAAAUACCGAGUCGUCUACUCUAACUACCAACGAGUUGAGCUCGAGAAAGAAUACAACUUCAACAAGUACAUCACGAUCCGUCGAAAAGUCGAACUGUCCAAAAUGCUCGAUCUCUCUGAACGACAAGUCAAAAUCUGGUUCCAAAACAGACGAGCCAAAGAACGAAAAAUGGUCAACAAAUCUGGCAACACUUCCACUGACUCUCAGGAUCUCUCCGAAGAAGAAAAGUCCGCCCCUGAAACUCACUCUGGCGUUGAGUUCUCUGACGAUCCCUCUCCCCAGCAACCAGAAGAUCACAUCGACCACAUGAUCAACAUCAUCGACGUCAAAGCUGAGCCACAGACUCAAGCCCCAAAGCCCGAGAUCGAGACCAUCAUGCAAUCCCUCGUCGGCUGCACUCAAAAAUACCUCAUGUAA